ACAGGGCCAUUAUAUCUUCAAUUUCAUAAGUGACAUUAACGUUGAAAACCGGUUCUCGGUUUACAAAGAUGCAAGUACAAAAUUGCAAGAUACGACUGUGCCGAGAUUCAUUAUAAAUCGUAUCCAUCGUGUUGAGAAACCUGUAAUUUGUUAUCGUGCAACCAGUGUACUAUAACUGCACAUGUACUAUCGAUUCGCGGCGUGGACGAGCAAUACAUUUUUGAGGCUUCACUGUCCCCUUGAGGGAGUUCACGCUGAGUAUGUUCUGUCCCCUACUCUGUCUACGUCGUAUAGGUGUAAGGAACGUAAAAAAAGACAAAAAAACCAAGAAAACGGAGGAAGAAAACGUCGGGGUUUGCCGCGUAGCUGGCUCGAAUCCGAGCAGACUUCUCCUCGACUGAAUUUCCGGUAUCGCGUUCAUCGUAUCGUGCCCCGGCCCGUCGAUUCUUCCUGGGAGAACUCACCGUCGCAUGAUGGAAUUGAACGAGGAGGAUGAGUGCGGGAACGAAAGCAGCAGACAGCUGUUCCUGGUCGGCGCACCGCGCGAUCCGCUGGUGUCGGCCGGCGCGAUCGCGGCGUCGACGGGUAUCGCGGACGACGUCAGCCAAGGUGACGAUUUGCGGUCGACCGCGCUGGCCGGUCUGAUCGGCAGCGCGCAAUCCACUUCCGUCUGCUUCCCCACGAAAUUCACGUACGAUUUUUCGACUAGCCCUGAGAGCGAAGAACGGCCGUCUUGCAUCAUCGGCAAGAGAAAGCAGCGCAGGUACCGCACCACGUUCUCCAAUUUCCAGCUGGAAGAACUGGAGCGCGCUUUCCAGAGGACGCACUAUCCCGACGUAUUUUUUCGAGAGGAACUUGCAGUUCGUAUCCAGUUGACGGAAGCUAGAGUACAAGUAUGGUUUCAAAAUAGAAGGGCGAAGUGGCGCAAGCAGGAGAAGCAGUGUAAGAUUGCGACUCACAUGACGUCGCACUUUCCGCCGUCGGAUUGCCAAGAGGUACAGCAGCAGCAGUCACAACAGCCGGAUCAGUUGUUGUUAGAGUCACCAUGUAGCCCGCCUCCAAUAUAUCUCGGUAUGGAAUGGGCCGGUUUCUCUCCUUACAACAACGCGGACGGCACGUCGUCUCUCGUCGUGAACAGUAUGAAUAAACCACCGGAGGCGGAGACCGACGAUAAUCCGCUGCUCGAUCCAGAAUUAUUACAAUUGAAGCCUCCACGUUCUUAAUAAACAACUAUGCAUAAUGUGAUCGCAGAACGGAUAACAUUCCGUGUUUCCCAAGUCGUGCGACUUAUGUAUCAUGCAUAGCAUAAAAUAAUUUGCAAUAUCUUAACCAGAGGAUCUCGCGCAGUGCGAGCCGUGAGAAUUCACGGGCUAUUACCUUGAACCAUGAAUGAAAUGUUAUCCUAAAAGAUAAAAUUAGCCAUAUUUUAAUAUUAAUAAUUAUAUACGAGCAUGAGAAUGUGUAACGUUACCUUAGGAUAACGAUACGAGGCCUUAUCACAUAUCGAUUUGUAAUUCGUCAAAAGAGUUGCAAUUAUAUUCUUGGAUCAAGG